GUAUAUAAUUUGACUAAGCUGCUAUGCAAAGAAAUAGUUUGACUCUGACUGUAUCCUUGUAAACUAUGUCAUUGAGGAAAUAACCUCAAGGAUAUUAGAACGCAGCCACAGCCGCGUUCGAGCUAAAGGAAUGAAACUGUGGCGCUGUUACGCCAUUUUGACUCCCACAGCCCGUCUUUCCUAAUGUAAAACAGGGCUUUGAGCCAAAAUGGUUAUUGUUUCCCAAGAUAGUCUUGCGUUGGUCAGCUGAUCACGGCUCAUCCCCUUCGGAAAUACAUUUUCUUAAGGGCCCUGGAACAUUUCACAGUAAGAGAAGAUGAACACUUCCAAGCUUCCUAAAAUCCGUGAUGAGGAGAGGGAAAGCGAGUUUGGAUAUGUACAUGGAGUUUCUGGUCCAGUGGUGACAGCCACCGCCAUGGCAGGAGCGGCCAUGUACGAGCUUGUGCGUGUGGGCCACAGUGAGCUGGUGGGAGAGAUCAUCAGGCUGGAGGGAGACAUGGCAACCAUUCAGGUCUACGAGGAGACCUCUGGUGUGUCUGUCGGAGACCCUGUCCUUCGGACAGGAAAGCCCCUGUCUGUAGAGUUGGGGCCGGGAAUCAUGGGGUCCAUCUUUGAUGGUAUCCAGCGUCCCCUCAAAGACAUCAAUGACCUCACUCAAAGCAUUUAUAUCCCUAGAGGAGUCAACAUUGGGGCCCUCAAUCGUGACCUCAAGUGGGAGUUUACACCUGGCCAGAGUCUUCGAACCGGCAGUCACAUAACAGGUGGGGAUAUCUAUGGCACGGUGUUUGAGAACUCCCUGAUCAAGCACAAGUUGAUGCUCCCACCCCGGAGCAGAGGCACUGUCACCUACGUGGCCCCACCUGGAAACUAUGAUGUCAAUGAUGUGGUGCUGGAACUGGAGUUUGAGGGUUUGAAGGAGAAGUUUACCAUGAUCCAGGUCUGGCCAGUGCGACAGAUUCGCCCGGUCACAGAGAAGCUGCCUGCCAAUCAUCCCCUGCUUACUGGCCAGAGAGUGUUGGAUGCCCUCUUCCCGUGUGUCCAGGGAGGCACCACCGCUAUCCCAGGAGCCUUUGGUUGUGGCAAGACUGUGAUCUCACAGUCCCUGUCCAAGUAUUCCAACAGUGAUGUCAUCAUCUAUGUGGGCUGCGGAGAGCGUGGAAAUGAGAUGUCUGAAGUGCUGAGAGAUUUCCCUGAGCUUACAAUGGAAGUGGAUGGAAAGGUGGAAAGUAUCAUGAAGAGAACAGCGCUAGUGGCCAACACUUCCAACAUGCCUGUCGCUGCUAGAGAGGCCUCCAUUUACACAGGAAUCACUCUGUCCGAGUACUUCAGAGACAUGGGCUACAACGUUAGUAUGAUGGCCGACUCCACCUCCCGAUGGGCAGAGGCUCUCAGGGAGAUCUCAGGACGAUUAGCUGAGAUGCCUGCUGACAGCGGGUACCCUGCCUACCUGGGAGCCAGACUGGCCUCCUUCUAUGAGCGUGCUGGCAGGGUGAAGUGCCUGGGCAACCCAGAGAGAGAGGGCAGCGUCAGCAUUGUUGGAGCUGUGUCUCCCCCUGGUGGAGACUUCUCGGAUCCUGUUACUUCAGCUACGCUGGGUAUUGUACAGGUGUUCUGGGGUCUGGAUAAGAAGCUGGCGCAGAGAAAGCAUUUCCCCUCAGUGAACUGGCUGAUCAGCUACAGCAAGUACACGCGGGCGCUGGACGAGUACUACGACAAGCACUUCCCUGAGUUUGUGCCGCUUCGCACCAAGACCAAGGAGAUCCUGCAGGAGGAGGAGGAUCUGGCUGAGAUUGUGCAGCUUGUGGGAAAGGCAUCUCUCGCUGAGACCGACAAGAUCACAUUGGAGGUUGCUAAACUACUCAAGGAUGACUUCCUGCAGCAGAAUGGCUAUACUCCAUACGACAGGUUCUGCCCUUUCUACAAAACGGUGGGCAUCCUCUCCAAUACGAUUGCGUUCUACGACUUGGCGCGACAUGCAGUGGAGACCACGGCUCAGAGUGACAACAGGAUCACCUGGGCCAUGAUCCGGGAGCACAUGGGAGAGAUCCUCUACAGGCUCAGCUCCAUGAAGUUCAAGGACCCAGUGAAGGAGGGCGAGGUCAAAAUCAAAGCAGACUACGCCCAGCUACUGGAGGACAUGCAGAACGCCUUCCGUACCCUGGAGGACUGA